ACUUCUAGGGUUUAAGACGCAGGUACUUCCGGCCUAAUCGCGCUCCUCUAUACGCAGCUACGCCACCUUCGCUAGGUUUUGGUAAAGAGAAGGAACCUACAAAGAAGAAGAAGAAGAAGAAGAAGACGAUGACAUUGAUGAAUAGGUCGCCCUACGUCUCUCUCUUGUCCAAAGCCCUUGCCUUCGUCCCUUGCUGUCGUCCGGCCGAUGCUGCCCUUUUUCUCGCAACCCAUUCUUACUCCGCCGCCUCCGGUGCUCCAGAGAGCAGCCUUAUGGCUGAAUACCUGGUCAGCUCCUGUGGCUUCGAUCCUGAUCAGGCGGCCAAAGCCUCGAAGCUCCUUGGCCACGUCGAAUCCCGCCACCAGCCUGACUCCGUCCUUGGCUUAUUUAAAAGCUACGGUUUUGACAACACCCAGGUGAAAAAGGUCAUAUCUGCAAACCCCCGGUGGCUUCUCCUCGACGUGGAGAAGACCCUGGCCCCAAAGUUCCGAGCUUUGCAGGAUCUGGGCUUCUCCUGCUCCGACAUCACCCACCUCGUCAUAUCGAAUAACCACGUCAUCAGCCACAAAUCCCAGAACAUCUUGUCCAAGAUCCAAUUAUGGCAAUGCGUCCUCGGGUCCAACGACUUACUGAUGAACUUGUGCAAGAACAACAGGAGGUUUCUCGGGUAUAGCAUCGAGAAGACGAUCCAGCCUAACAAUGAAAUUCUAAGGGAUUGUGGGAUGACGGAUCAGAAGCUCUCAAUGAUCCUAAGGCAAUAUCCCCUGCUCAUAACCGGGAAUACUGAAACCCUGAAGGCGUUAAUCAGUCGUGUCGAAGGUUUGGGAGUAGCUCGCACCUCAGGGAUGUUCCCCUUGACCCUGACUGUGCUCCACAACGUCUCCGAGAAUAACUUCAAGGCUCACUUGGAGUUCUUCAAGGGCUUCGGGUGGUCCGAGGAUGAUUUCCUUGCUGCAUUCAGAAAGGCUCCUACGUUUGUGCAAAUUUCUUUAAAGAGUUUGCAGAGGAAGAUGGAGUUCUUGGUAAAUGAAGCCGGAUGUGCUCCAUCUCAUCUUGCACUUCGGCCAGAUAUUUUGUUGUGCAGUUUGGAGAAAAGGUUGAUGCCAAGGCAUCAGAUUGUGACAGGCCUGAAGUCUAGGGGAGUUUGCAUCAGUAACCUUAGUAUGUCUACAUACGUGAAAUAUUCAGAGAAGAAAUUUGUGGAGAAGUUCGUCAACCGCUACAAGGAGUAUCCAGAACUCAUUGAGUUUUAUAAUGGAGUCCCCAAAAACAGAACUGCAUUUGAUCGUGGAAAUGCAUAAUGCAUAGCACAAGCUUUGUACCAGCAAGUUAUGUUUCCAGGCAAUUUUGAAAGGGAUUAGUAGUCGUCAAACAAGCUUAUAAGAUAUUCCUUGCAUCUAUAGAAAGACGUAUUUCUACUGUUGCCGGGCACCACUUGAUCCUAGUAAUGGACUAAUAGCAGGGAAUGUGAUAUGAAUUUAGUCUAUAAGGAGGUUGCUUCAUCCUGAGCAGUCGGACGAGUUCCGAUGCAGCAAAGUGCACUAAUGGAUAUGUUUUUCUCAUGAUGAAUUUGUGAGAUCUUUUAUUCUAAGUUAUGCUCUUUUUUCAUUAUUAUUCUUAUCUUUUGCUGAUUGCAUGAGACACAACUAGAUUUCUUGACAUCUUGCUUCUACUAAGAUAAUUCCUAUCGAUCUGAAAAUUACAUAUUUCAGAUGAUCCGUAGCUGGGGAGCUAAGGAUUGAGAAGUGUUCGGUUCUAGCAAUGCGAAGAUUGUUAUCUGAAAUUUAAUAAAAGUACAGUUAGAUGUGUACGCCAGUAAUAAUGAUGAGACUUGAUGGGAUGCAUUUUCCAUUAUUGUCAAUAAAUAUUAUUAUUGUGCUCUGUGCAUUACAGAUGUCUGGAUCAUAAGUUUACGGAGGGUGUGAUCCUCUCAUUUUUUGGGUUGGGUCAUAUUGAGUGUUCGGUGCAUAAAAUGUUCUUAUCAAUCAAAAGUGCUUGAUUGUUAGCUCCAUUUACAGGGUGUUUGGUGCAAAAGAAGUGGAUUAGCAGUGAUCUCGGAAAUUGCUAUUUUUGUAGGUGUUACUGUCCAGAGGUUGUCUUGUAUCGAUCAUAAAUUGUUCUUAUCAAUAAAAAGUACUUGGGGUGUUAGCUCCAAUUGCAUAGUGUUUGGUGCAAAAGAAGUGGAUUAAUAAGGUUCUUGGAAAUUGCUCUUUUAGUAUGUGUUACCUUCCAGAGGUUGGCAUCUGCUGUGUGCUAGUUUGAUUACAUUAGUAAGGAUAUGUGGAACAAAUUGGAAAAGGAAAUAACAUUCUAGGAGUUACUUUGCUAGGGAGAAUUCAACCAUUGUCAGCCUUCUGGUAAUGAAAGAGAAAUGAGACUUACUGACUUCUUGUAGGCCAAUUUCUCCCUUCCCAAAAUGUAUUUUGUCCGCUGUCAGAUGACACCAAUUUCAGCCUUCCUGAAAUGUUUUUUACCCACAGUCAGAUUGACGUCAAGAUAUUUCUAACAGUUAGAAUCUUUGGUUAUUUUUAUGAUAUGUAGUUAUACUGGUUUAUGUACUAUGAAAAUCCACAUUUCAACUUUUUUGGCUUUUGCUACUAUAUGUUUCUUUUGCAUCCUUUGUUUGGUGUCUUAUUUUUGUCAAAGCUGUAAUAGCUAUCAAACAAAAUGGUGAUCUGGAUGUCUAGUUAAUAUGUCAAAUUAUGCAGGUUGUUUUUAUGUUACAAACUUGUGCUUCAAUGUGACAAUAGAGCAUAUCUAAAUUUAUUGCCUAAUGGCAACUUGUAAUCUCGAAUUUGAUUCCAGCCCUUGGUUCUCCAGAUUCUUAUAUAUGCUAUUCUGUUAUAGUAUAGCAUGCUAGUCUCAGCCAUUCGUCCGAUUUUUAAUAUUUUGGUGUGUUCCUUUUCUUAAGACUUUGUUGUAUUGUUGUCUCUGGACAAAUACGUCAAUAUAACUUCCCUGAGGUAUUGUAGCAUGCUAAUCUCCAGUAAAUGUUGUAUGUGUCCUAGUUCCAAUCUUUUGCAUUGUGCUUUUUCUUAGGUAUUCAUACAUUAUUGGCCUUGGAGAAUUAACAGCAGUGUC